AUGAACUCACAGUCGACGACGUUUGCUCGCAGCCCGCACCGGGCCCGGCGCCCGUCGCUGGCCUCUCGCCUGUCCUUUGCCGCGUCCACGGCCGAGCAUGGCGAGGCUGACGCCGCCGCGUCUGCCCCAGCCGAGCGCCAGAUCCAGGAGGAGAUUGCCGAGAUCAAACGCUACGAGGACUUUACAACGAUAGACUGGGUUCAAGAUGCGGCGCGCGAGCAGGCGAGGCGCAAGUCGCGUAGGAAACGCGCGGCCGGCAUGUACGAGCGCGGUCAGCCCGGCUGGCGAUAUCGGCUUUGGGCCUCGUACGACGCCGCCCAGGGCUGGAUCGUCGUCACCAUCAUCGGCGCCGCCAUUGGCCUGAACGCGGCCUUCCUGAACAUUGUCACCGAGUGGCUCUCCGACAUCAAGAUGGGAUACUGCACCACCGCCUUCUAUCUGAACGAGAACUUUUGCUGCUGGGGCGAGGACAAUGGCUGCCCGCAAUGGCAUCGAUGGACAGGUUUCGGCCCGCUCAACUACCUCAUUUACAUCAUCUUUGCUACCGUCUUUGCCUUUACGGCAGCCACCCUCGUCAAAUCCUACGCGCCCUACGCCGCGGGCUCAGGCAUCUCUGAGAUCAAGUGCAUCAUCGCGGGCUUCGUCAUGAAGGGCUUCCUCGGCUUCUGGACGCUGCUCAUCAAGUCCGUCUGCCUGCCCCUCGCCAUCGCCUCGGGCCUCUCAGUCGGAAAGGAAGGCCCUAGCGUCCACUAUGCAGUAUGCACCGGCAAUGUCAUCUCGAGGCUGUUCACCAAGUACCGGAGCAAUGCGUCCAAGACGCGCGAGAUCCUGAGCGCCUGCGCCGCCGCCGGCGUGGCCGUCGCGUUUGGCAGUCCCAUCGGAGGCGUGCUCUUCUCGCUCGAGGAAAUGUCCAACCACUUCCCUCUCAAGACCAUGUGGCGCAGCUACUUUUGCGCAUUGGUCGCGACGGCCGUCCUUGCGGCCAUGAAUCCUUUCAGGACCGGCCAGCUCGUCAUGUUUCAGGUCAAGUACGACCGCGAUUGGCACUUCUUCGAGAUCCUGUUUUACAUCAUCAUUGGCAUCUUCGGCGGCCUCUACGGCGCCUUCGUCAUGAAGUGGAAUCUGCGCGCGCAGGCCUUUCGCAAAAAGUACCUCUCCAAGUACGCCGUACUCGAGGCGACGUUGCUGGCUGCCGGAACGGCCAUUAUCGCCUAUCCAAACGUCUUUCUCCGGAUCGACAUGACGGAGAGCAUGGAGAUUCUGUUCCUCGAGUGCGAGGGCGCCGAGGACUACCAGGGGCUGUGCGAGCCGGACAAGCGCUUCUGGAACGUCGUCUCGCUGGUGCUGGCCACGGCGCUGAGGGUCGUCCUGGUCAUCAUCUCGUACGGCUGCAAGGUUCCGGCAGGCAUCUUUGUGCCGUCCAUGGCUAUUGGAGCUUCUUUCGGACGCACAGUUGGCAUCAUCGUUCAGGCCCUACAUGAGGCGAACCCGCAAAGCGUCUUCUUCUCCGCCUGCAAGCCGGAUGAGCCAUGCAUCACUCCAGGGACGUAUGCCUUCCUGGGUGCUGGGGCUGCACUCAGCGGCAUCAUGCACAUCACCGUGUCGGUGGUGGUCAUCAUGUUUGAGCUGACGGGGGCGCUGACCUACAUCUUGCCCACCAUGAUCGUCGUCGGCGUUACCAAGGCCGUCAGCGACUUGUUUGGCAAGGGAGGUAUCGCGGACCGCAUGAUCUGGUUCAACGGCUUUCCCUUUCUGGACAACAAGGAGGAACACAACUUUGGCGUGCCAGUUUCGCAUGUCAUGAGGACCUCGGUGGUAUCUUUACCCGUCAGCGGCAUGACACUCGAGGAAAUCGAGCAUCUUUUGGCCGACGACAAGUACCAGGGAUUCCCGAUUGUCGAGGAUGCCAACUCCAAGACGCUGGUGGGCUACAUCGGCCGGACGGAGCUGCGGUAUGCCAUCGACCGCCUGCGGCGAGAGCAGCCCAUCAGCGGAACUUCCAGGUGUGUCUUUGCGCCGCCACCUGCACUGAGUUCGGCCACGCCGAUAACACCAACGGUGACUGUGAACACCGACUCCACGUCGUCCACGACACUGGACUUUAGCCGCUACGUAGACGCGACCCCAGUGACGGCCCACCCCCGGCUGCCCUUGGAGACGGUGCUGGAGCUGUUCCGCAAGAUCGGACCCCGUGUCAUCCUGGUCGAGUAUCACGGGAAACUCAGUGGCCUCGUUACGGUCAAGGACUGCCUCAGGUACCAGUUCAAGGUGGAGGCAGCGGAGAACCCCAAGGACGACCACCGGAUCCACGAGGGGCAGGAGCAGCUUUGGGGCGUACUACGACGGGCCGGGAACUGGGUAUCGGGCCGGUUAUCGAGCGCGUCGGGAGGCAGGAUACGGCUCAGCGGUCAGUUCGACCAGGCCACAAGCAGAGACAGGGGCGGCGGAGCGAUUCUUGACGGGGACGAGGACUUGGGCGACGAAGGGGGCGUCGAGUUGGAAAGCAGGCGAUAG